UUGUGUCUGAUAUGUUUCUGCAUUCACACAUGGUAGUGCUACAACAUGACAAAGAAAAUUGUGUUGAAAGUAAACUUCCAUUGUCACAAGUGCAAGACUCGUGUACUUCUUGCACUCACCAAACUUAUCGGAAUCGAUCAAGUGUCAUUUGACGGAGAUAAAGGAACCGUGGUUGUAGUUGGUGAUGUUGAUCCUGUGUGUGUUGCGACUCGAGUUAGAAAAACGGGAAUGAUAGCACAGAUCGAAAGUGUUGGACCGAAUAAAAAAUCAUCGACACCACUUCCGAAGUUGGUAAGAAUGAUCAACCCUCUCCCUCCUUGUGGAUGUGAGGUUGUAGCUAAUGGCUAUUCACAACCAUAUGAUGGUGGGAAUUGCAUGAUUAUGUAGGCAUUUGUGUUUUCUGUAAAUUGACUAUUUGUAAGAUCUUCCAUGGAGCAGUUGGACGUAUAACUCCUCAUCUUCAAUAUUCAUGUUAGGGUUGUCUGUUUACUUCUUAAUA